AUGGUGAAGGAGGAAGAUGAAGAGAAGAAAGCCAAAAAAGGGAAGAAGGGGAAGAAGGCCCCGGAGCCUGAGAAGCCCAAACGAAGCCUGAAGGGGACCUCGCGGCUGUUUAUGGGCUUCCGGGACCGCACCCCCAAAAUCUCCAAGAAGGGCCAGUUCCGCAGCGCGUCUGCCUUCUUUUGGGGCCUCCACACAGGGCCGCAGAAGAAAAAGCGCAAGAAGCAGGCCCGCACCGUGCUCAAGUCCACGUCCAAGCUCAUGACACAGAUGCGCAUGGGCAAGAAAAAGCGCGCCAUGAAGGGCAAGAAGCCGUCCUUCAUGGUCAUCCGCUUCCCAGGCCGGCGUGGCUACGGCCGCCUGCGGCCACGCGCCCGGUCGCUCAGCAAGGCGUCCACGGCCAUCAACUGGCUCACCAAGAAGUUUCUGCUGAAGAAGGCGGAGGAGUCGGGCAGUGAGCAGGCCUCCGUGGACGCCUGGCUGCGGCGCUCCGACUCCCGCGUGGGCUCCCGCAAGCUGCCCUUCCCGUCGGGCGCAGAGAUCCUGCGGCACGGGGGAGGCCGCCUGCGCAGGUUCCCCCGCAGCCACAGCAUAUACUCGUCGGGCGAGCCCGUGGGCUUCCUGCCCUUCGAGGACGAGGCCCCCUUCCGGCAUUCGGGCUCCCGCAAGUCGUUCUACGGUCUCGAGGGCUUCCAGGAUUUGGGCGAGUACUACGACUACCACCGUGAGGGCGAUGACUUCUACGACCAGCGGUCGCUGCACCGCUACGAGGAGCAGGAGCCCUACCUGGCCGGCUACGGGCCCUACGGCGCGGCCUGGCCGCCUCACAGCGACCCCUACUACGGAUACCCGCCCGAGGACCCCUACGACUACUACCACCCGGACCCUUACUACUCCUACUACUAUGGCGACGACACCCUCUACCCGGGAUACCCCUAUGGCUACGGCUAUGGCUACGACGACUAUGAGCCGCCCUAUGCGCCUCCUUCGGGGUACUCCCCUUACAGCUUCCCCGAAGUGUAUGAGGGCGAGGCGUACCCCUACAGCUACUACCUGGACCCUUAUGCACCCUACGACUCGCCCUACCUGCCCUACGAUCUCCCCUACGAGGCCCCCUACCCCCUGCCCUACCUGGAUCCCUACGGGAUCCCCUAUGCUGAAGGCGACUACGAUACUGGUGGGGACCAGGCCAUCUACCCGCCCGCAGCGCCCUACUUGUAUCCGGAGGAGCCGGCCGCCAUGUUCAUGUACCCCUGGGUGCCGCCACCCAUCCUGUCGCCUCACAACCCCUACGCGCACCCCAUGGACGACAUCGCGGAGCUGGAGGAGCCGGAAGAGGCGGGCGGUGGUGUCGGUGGCGGCGAGCAGCGGCAGAGCACCUCCUUCCGCCUGCCCAGCGCCGCCUUCUUCGAGCAGCAGGGCAUGGACAAGCCCGCCAGGUCCAAGCUGUCCCUCAUCCGCAAGUUCCGCCUCUUCCCACGGCCCCAGGUCAAGCUGUUCGGGAAGGAGAAAUUGGAGGUGCCCCUCCCGCCUUCCCUGGACAUUCCUCUGCCUCUGGGGGACGCUGAUGAGGAGGAAGAGGAGGAGGAGGAGGAAGGCAUGGGCGCAGUGGCCCCACUGCCCUACGCCCACCCCUACUGGGGUUUCCUGACGCCGCGCCAGCGCAACCUGCAGCGCGCCCUGUCGGCCUUCGGCGCGCGCCGCGGCCCGGCCUUGGGCCGCCCUCAGCCGGCGCGCCCGGCCACCUCGCUGGCCAGGUUCCUCAAGAAGACGCUGUCGGAGAAGCAGCCCAUCCCGCGCCUCAGGGGCAGCCAGAAAGCGCGGGCCGGGGGUCCCGCCGUCCGGGAGGCGGCCUACAAGCGCUUCGGCUACAAACUGGCGGGCAUGGACCCCGAGCGGCCCAACACGCCCAUCGUGCUGAGGAGGCCGCAGCCGCGGGCGCGCAACAACAACAACUCGCACCGGCCGCCCUCGCCCCGUGGCCUCGCCCACUGGAGCGCACUGGCCGCGCCGCGGCGACCCCUGAGCCCCGGCCCGCCGCCCGCGCCGCCCUUCUCCCCGCUGCUCUCCCGGCCCGUGUCUCCCUACGGCUCGCUCCGCCGUCACCCGCCGCCUUGGGCCGCGCCGGCUCAGGUGCCCCUGGGCGCGCAGGCCAGCUGGUGGGCCUUCGUGGAGCCCCCGCCUGUGGGGCGCCCCGAGGCGCCGCCCGACCCGAGGCGCUUCCCGGCUUCCUUCCGGGCGCCCCGGCUCUCGCUCCGAGGCUCCGGCCGCCGCCGAGGGGCGCCCUUCGGCUUCCCCGGCGCCGCCGCCUCCCCGCCGGUGUCGCGCAGGUCCUGGACGCCUCUGGCCUCCCCUCAGCCCUCGUUGAGGAGCCUGCCGGGCCCGGGAUACCGCUCGCCCCUAGGGCCCCUAUCCCCGCAGCUGUCCUUCCGCCGCCCAGGCCCCUUCCAGCCGCCCUUCCCGCCGCCGCAGCGCCGGCCCCGCUCCCUGCGGGAACUCCCAACCCCGCGCAGGGCCUCCUCCUCCAGGCGCCUUCGGCCACCGCAUUCGCCCACCCUGGGCUCGCCAAGGCCGCCCUCGCCACCACCGCCACCUAUGCGGGGCGGAUCCCUCAACCUGCCCUCGCGCCUCCCGCAUACUUGGCGUCGCCUCAGCGAGCCUCCCACCAGGGCCGUGAAGCCCCGAGUUCGUUCGCCCUUCCAUGUUCCGGGCGCGACCGAGUCCUGGCACCCGGUGGCCGGGGCAAACCUGGAGCACGGGGAAGGGCAGCGUGAGCCUGACGACUCGGGGACACCCUGGACGGUGCCCCCGCUUGCCCCGAGCUGGGACGUGGAUACGCCUGCCACACAGCGCCCACCGUCCCCGUGGCCAGGAGGGGAGGGCAGCCUUCGAGGCUUUGCCAGGCCACCACCAGUAGCUGAAAAUCCUUUCCUCCAACACGUGGGCCCUGUGCCCCGUCCUGCUGCCCAGGCCGAGGACCCAGCCUCGGACUCUACCAGUGGUGUCCUCCUGGGCAGGCACCAUGACCCUGGGCCUGGACAGUUCGCGAAGUCGGCCAGCCCGAGUCCAGAAAAGCCUGCAGAUGAGGCCUGCCCAGAGGAACCCCAACGGCCAACAGAGCCCACAUCCCUGACACUGAAACUCUCCAAGGACCAGGGCUCUCCUGAGCAGAAGGCCUUAAGGCCCAGUCUCUCAUACCCACUGACCCCAAGAGAUCAGAAGAGAGCCACAUGGCCACCGUGGCGCCGCUGGGGGACGCUGCCCAGAACCCCAGCUCCCUUGGCUCCCACUGGGGCCCCAACGCCCUUGCCCAUGGGUGGGGAGAGGCGUCAGGCUGGGCGUUUUGCAGUGGUCCUGCCCCAGGUGCAGAAGCUGAGCUCUUUCCAGGCCCUUGGACGUGAGCCCUGCCAGCCAGCCAGCCAGGCAGCCCAGGACCCCAAGCCUUCAGCCUGGAAUCUACGCUGGUCCCACCUCUGGCUGCCAGCAGACGCCCACCGAGGCUGGCCACGGCUAGAUGGCCACCCCCAGUCCUGCCGCUUGGGCCUCAGAGCUGCCUGUUUGUCCCUCAAGGGCCCUUGGCAAGUGGCUGACCUCAAAAGUUGGAGGAACCAGAUGCACUCCAUCUGCAAUCUGCCCUCAGUGCGAUCCCGUGAGCAGCGCAGGGAGGAUGGCGUGGAGGACAUGACGCAGCUGGAAGACCUGCAGGAGAACACUGUGCUGUCUAACCUCAAGACCAGAUUUGAACGGAAUCUCAUCUACACGUACAUCGGCAGCAUCCUGGUAUCGGUGAACCCCUAUCGAAUGUUUGGAAUCUAUGGGCCGGAGCAGGUGCAGCAGUACAGCGGACGGGCCCUGGGAGAGAAUCCUCCGCACCUCUUUGCCAUCGCAAACCUUGCCUUCGCCAAAAUGCUCGAUGCCAAACAGAACCAGUGCAUCAUCAUCAGUGGGGAGAGUGGCUCUGGCAAAACCGAAGCCACGAAACUCAUCCUGCGUUACCUGGCUGCCAUGAACCAGAAACGGGACGUCAUGCAGCAGAUCCUGGAGGCCACGCCCCUGUUGGAGUCCUUCGGGAAUGCCAAAACUGUCCGGAAUGACAACUCCAGCCGCUUUGGGAAGUUUGUGGAGAUCUUUCUGGAAGGGGGUGUGAUCUCCGGUGCCGUCACCUCCCAGUACCUGCUGGAGAAGUCCAGGAUUGUGUUUCAGGCCAAAAAUGAGAGGAAUUACCACAUCUUCUACGAGCUGCUGGCGGGGCUGCCUGCCCAGCUGCGGCAAGUCUUCAGCCUGCAGGAGGCUGAGACCUACUACUACCUGAACCAGGGUGGGAACUGCGAGAUCGCCGGGAAGAGCGAUGCCGACGACUUCCGGCGACUCCUCACUGCCAUGGAGGUGCUGGGCUUCAGUGGCGAGGACCAGGACAGCAUCUUCCGCAUCCUGGCCUCCAUCCUGCACCUGGGCAAUGUUUACUUUGAAAAAUACGAGACGGAUGCACAGGAGGUGGCCUCGGUGGUGAGCGCCCGGGAGAUUCAGGCGGUGGCAGAGCUGCUCCAGAUCUCCCCCGAGGGCCUGCAGAAGGCCAUCACGUUUAAAGUGACCGAGACGAUGCGGGAGAAGAUCUUCACGCCCCUGACCGUGGAGAGCGCCGUGGAUGCCAGGGAUGCCAUUGCCAAGGUCUUGUACGCACUGCUGUUUGGCUGGCUCAUCGCCAGGGUCAACGCAUUGGUGUCCCCGCGACAGGAUACACUGUCCAUCGCCAUCCUGGACAUCUAUGGCUUUGAGGAUCUGAGCUUCAACAGCUUUGAACAGCUGUGUAUCAACUAUGCCAAUGAGAACCUGCAGUACCUGUUCAAUAAGAUCGUCUUCCAGGAGGAGCAGGAGGAGUAUAUGCGGGAGCAGAUCGACUGGCGGGAGAUCACCUUCGCUGACAACCAGCCAUGCAUCAACCUCAUCUCACUGAAGCCCUACGGCAUCCUGCGCAUCCUGGACGACCAGUGCUGCUUCCCCCAGGCCACCGACCACACAUUUCUGCAAAAGUGCCAUUACCACCACGGCGCCAACCCACUCUACUCCAAACCCAAGAUGCCGCUGCCCGAGUUCACGAUCAAGCACUACGCAGGCAAGGUCACCUACCAGGUGCACAAAUUCCUGGACAAGAACCACGACCAGGUGCGCCAGGAUGUGCUGGACCUGUUCGUGCGCAGUCGGACGCGGGUGGUUGCACACCUCUUCUCCAGCCAUGCCCCCCAGGCUGUCCCUCAACGCCUGGGCAAGAGCAGCUCAGUCUCCCGGCUCUAUAAGGCACACACGGUGGCCGCCAAGUUCCAGCAGUCGCUCCUGGAUUUGGUGGAGAAGAUGGAAAGGUGUAACCCCCUGUUUGUGCGCUGCCUGAAGCCCAACCACAAGAAGGAGCCGGGCCUCUUUGAGCCGGAUGUGGUGAUGGCACAGUUACGCUACUCAGGGGUGCUGGAGACGGUGCGCAUUCGCAAGGACGGAUUUCCAGUCCGCCUGUCCUUCCAGGCGUUCGUCGACAGGUACCGCUGUCUGGUGGCUUUCGAGCACGAUGUGCCAGCCAACGGGGACAUGUGUGUGUCGGUGCUGAGUCGCCUGUGCACAGUCAUGCCAAACAUGUACCGUGUCGGGGUCAGUAAGCUGUUUCUCAAGGAGCACCUUCACCAGCUACUGGAGAGCAUGCGUGAGCACGUGCUUCAUCUGGCUGCCCUCACGCUGCAGCGCCACUUCCGCGGCUUCCUCAUCCAGCGGCGCUUCCGCUCGCUGCGCCGCAAGAUCAUCCUGCUGCAGAGCCGGGCCCGAGGCUACCUGGCCAGGCAGCGCUACCAGCAGAUGCGGAGAAACCUGGUGAAGUUCCGGUCGCUGGUGCACACUUAUAUGAACCGUCGGCGCUACCUCAAGCUGAGAGCAGAGCAGAGGCGCCGGGUGGAGGAGGCACGGCUGCGGGAGCAGGAGGAGCUGGGCAAGCGGGAGGUGGUGGCCGUAGGGCACCUGGACGUGCCCGCUGAGUUGGCUGGGCUCCUGCAAGCAGCAGCAGGCCUGAGGCCACCUCAAGCACCCCGGGUGGUACCUGUACGGACUCCCCGGCUCCAGGCCGAGCCCCGGGUCAUGCUGCCCCUGGAUAUCAACAACUAUCCCAUGGCCAAGUUUGCCCGGUGCCACUUCAAGGAGCCAGCCUUUGGGAUGUUGACGGUGCCUCUGCGGACACCUCUCACACGGCUGCCAGCCGAGCACCACGCUGAAGCCGUGAGCAUCUUCAAGCUGGUCCUGCGGUUCAUGGGCGACCCCCAGCUGCGCGGAGCCCAGGAGACAGCUCUGGGGAACUACGUGGUGCAGAAGGGGCUGGCAACGGCCGAGCUGCGGGAUGAGAUCCUGGUGCAGCUGGCCAACCAGGUGUGGCGCAACCCCAGUGCCCACAACGCUGAGCGUGGCUGGCUGCUGCUGGCGCUCUGCCUCAGUGGCUUCGCACCUUCAUCCCGCCUCGACAAGUCCCUCCUCAAGUUUGUGUCAGAUCAUGGACCCAACGGCUUCCAGGCUGUGUGUCAGCAGCGCCUCAUGCAGGGCAUGGGCCGUGCCCAGCAGCAAGGCUUGGGGGCUGCCCGCACCUUCCCCCCAACCUUGCUCGAGUGGACAGUGACCCAUGAGAAGGCCAGCAUGGCCUUGGAUGUGAGCUGUUUCAAUGGGGACCAGUUCUCCUGCCCGGUGCAUUCCUGGAGUACAGGAGAAGAGGUGGCUGGGGACAUUCUAAGACACAGAGGGCUGGCCGAUGGGUGGCGUGGCUGGACUGUGGCCUUGAAGAACGGGGUCCGGUGGGCAGAGCUAGCGGGCCACGACUAUGUGCUGGACCUAGUAUCGGACCUGGAGCUGCCUACUGACUUCCCACGACAGAAGUCCUACUUCAUUGUGGCUGCGGAGGGGCCCACAGCCGGCAGGGGAGCCCCCAGAGUGCUGUUUGGGAACAGCUGGGACUCGGACGAGGACAUGGCCCCCAGCCCUCCGCCCCAGGGACACGUGCCCAGACUGCAGCAUGCUGAUGGCAACUGCAGCCACUCUGGGGGUAGAACAGAUGAGGAGACGGAGACCCAGAGAGGCACAGCGACCCACCAAGACUCCGCCAGCCUCGGGGAGCCUGCCGUGCCCCCCAAGGGGCUGGACUGCUACCUGGAUAGCCUCUUUGACCCCGUGCUGUCCUACGGGGAUGCGGACUUGGAGAAGCCCACAGCCAUCGCCUAUCGCAUGAAAGGGGGAGGCCAGCCCGGCAGAGGUGGUGGCAAUGCCGACGACACCCCCAGGAGACUCCCGGAACCAAAGCCGAUCCCAGGCCUGGACGCCUCCACAUUGGCCCUGCAGCAGGCCUUCAUCCACAAGCAGGCUGUGCUGCUGGCCCGUGAGAUGACACUGCAGGCCAUGGCGCUCCAGCAACAGCCCCUCAGCCCCACUCCCAGACCCCUGCACCUGGAGAAACCUGUGGCACCAGAGGCCCAGCCGAAGUCUGUGGGCACCGGGCCACCAGCCAAACCUGUGCUUCUGCGUACCUCAGUGAGGCCCUCAGCCCCUGCCCUGCCAGCCAGAGUACCCCGGGCCCCCACCAAGCCUGUAGCUGCCCCCAUCCUAGCUCAGGACCGGGCUUGUCCCAGCACCACGUCGCCCCCGGUGGACUUGGUGCGUCACUCGACGCUCAACUCGGAGCACUUCCCACAGCCCACACAGCAGAUCAAACACAUCGUCAGACAGUACCAGCAGCCGCCCCGCGGGAAGGAUGGUGGGAAGGGGUUUGUGAAGCGGCCGGACCCCCACGAGGAGGCCCUGACACUCCUAAAAGGCCAGAUGACUCACCUGACCGUGGCACCUGGCACUCAGGUGCCCAGAGAGGCUGUGGCCCUGGUGAAGCCGGUGGCUAGUGUCCCGAGACCAAUCAUGGCGGGUGCCGCAGUGCUGCCUUCCCGGGCCCUGGAGCCCCCCGAGGAACCCGUGCAGACGCGGCUGCACCGGCUCCCCAACUCCAACUUCUAUGGCUACCAGGAUGCCCCUUGGCGGAUCUUCCUGCGCAAAGAGGUGUUUUACCCUAAGGACAGCUACAGCCACCCGGUGCAGCUGGACCUCCUGUUCCGGCAGAUCCUGCACGACACGCUGUCGGACACCUGCCUGCGCAUCUCCCAGGAUGAGCGCCUCCAGAUGAAGGCUCUGUUUGCCCAGAACCAGCUGGACACACAGCACCCCCUGGUGACAGAGAGCGUGAAGCGGGCCGUGGUCAGCACUGCCCGGGACAGCUGGCAAGUCUACUUCUCCCGUCUGUUCCCAGCCACGGGCAGUGUGGGCACCGGCGUGCAGAUCCUGGCUGUGUCCCACACGGGCAUCAAGCUGCUGCGCAUGGUCAAGGGCAGCCAGGAGGCCAGUGAACAGCUGCGGGUCCUACGUGCAUACAGCUUCGUGGACAUCCUGUUUGUUACCAUGCCCUCCCCGAACAUGCUGGAGUUCAACCUGGCCAGCGAGAAGGUCAUCCUCUUUUCAGCCCGUGCCCACCAAGUCAAGACCCUGGUGGACAACUUCAUUGUGGAGCUCAAGAAGGACUCCGACUAUGCAGUGGCCGUGAGGAACUUCCUGCCGGAGGACCCGGCGCUGCUGGCCUUCCACAAGGGUGACAUCAUCCACCUGCAGCCGCUGGAGCCGCCUCGGGCUGGUUACAGUGCUGGCUGUGUGGUUCGUAAGAAGGUUGUGUACCUGGAGGAGCUGAGGCCUAAAGGCCCUGACUUUGGCUGGCGCUUCGGGACCAUCCAUGGGCCUGUGGGCCGCUUCCCCUGUGAGCUGGUGCAACCGGCUGCUGCCCCCGACUUCCUGCAGCUGCCUGCUGAGCCAAGUAGGGGUCGGGCCGCUGCAGUGGCAGCUGCUGUGGCCUCUACAGCGGCUGCCCAGGAGGUGGGCCGUAGGAGAGAGGGUCCCCCAGUGAGGGCCCGCUCUGCUGACCGUAGGGAGGAUGCCCUGACGCCCCCCCAGUCUGCCAUGCUGGAGUUUGCCCAGAAGUAUUUCCGAGACCCGCAAAAGAGACCCCCGGAUGGCUUGAGGCUGAGGUCAAAGGAGAGUCGUGACUCUAGAACCUUCGAGGACAUGCUCGGCUUCACCAAGACCCCUCUGCAGGAGUCGCUCAUCGAACUCAGUGACAGCAGCCUCAACAAAAUGGCCACGGACAUGUUCCUAGCUGUGAUGAGGUUCAUGGGGGACGCAGCCAUGAAGGGCCAGAGUGAACUUGAGGUGCUCUACACCCUCCUGAAGCUGUGUGGGGACUACGAGGUCAUGCGUGACGAGUGCUACUGUCAAAUUGUGAAGCAGGUGACAGACAACACCAGCGCCAAGCAGGACAGCUGCCAGCGGGGCUGGAGGCUGCUGUACAUCGUGGCCGCCUACCACAGCUGCUCCGAGGUUCUUCAGCCCUACCUCAUUCGCUUCCUCCAGGACGUGAACCGGACUCCGGGCCUGCCCUUCCAGGGGAUCGCCAAGGCCUGUGAGCAGAACCUGCGGAAGACCCUGCGUUUUGGCGGCCGCCAGGAGCUCCCCAGCAGUAUGGAACUCAGGGCCAUGCUGGCUGGCCGCAGUUCCAAGAGGCAGCUGUUUCUUCUUCCCGGAGGCCUAGAGCGCCACCUCAAGAUCAAAACGUGUACGGUGGCCCUGGACGUUGUGGAGGAGAUCUGUGCAGAGAUGGCCCUGACGAGGCCUGAGGCUGCUGCCGAGUACGUCAUCUUCGUGGUCACCAACCGAGGCCAGCAUGUUUGCCCACUCAGCCGCUGCGCCUACAUCCUGGACGUGGCCUCAGAGAUGGAGCAGGUGGAGGGCGGCUACAUGCUCUGGUUCCGGCGUGUGCUGUGGGAUCAGCCGCUAAAGUUCGAGAACGAGCUGUAUGUGGCCCUGCACUACAACCAGGUGCUGCCCGACUACCUGAAGGGCCUCUUCAGCAGUGUGCCAGCCAGCAGGCCCAGUGAGCAGCAGCUGCAGCAAGUGUCCAAGCUGGCUGCCCUGCAGCACCGUGCCCAGGACCACUUCUACCUGCCCAGUGUGCGGGAGAUGCAGGAGUACAUCCCGGCCCAGCUCUACCGCACCACGGCCGGCUCGGCCUGGCUCAACCUCAUCAGCCAGCACCGGCAGCAGAUGCAGGCGCUCAGUCCUCACCAGGCCAGAGCCCAGUUCCUGGGCCUCCUCAGUGCUUCUCCCAUGUUCGGGUCCUCCUUCUUCUUCAUCCAGAGCUGCAGCAACCUCGUUGUCCCUGCCCCCUGCAUCCUGGCCGUCAACAAUAACGGCCUCAACUUCCUCAGCACGGAGACCCACGAGCUGAUGGUGAAGAUCCCACUGAAGGAGAUCCAGGCGACACGGACCCAGCGGCCCACGGCCAGCUCCAGCUGCCCCUACGUGGAGAUUGCACUGGGGGACGCGGCCACCCAACGCACCAUGCAGCUGCAGCUGGAGCAGGGCCUGGAGCUGUGUCGUGUGGUGGCCGUGCAUGUGGAGAACCUGCUCAGUGCCCGCGAGAAGAGGCUCACGCUGCCCCCGAGUGAGAUCACCCUGCUCUGAGCCAGUCCCCAACUCUCCAGCCACCCCCAAGACUAGCUGUGUGACCUCUUACAACCCCCAA